AUGGGUAGUGUGGAACUAACCAAAUUUAUUAGUGAGCAGAAAAGAAGACAAAAAAAAAUUAUAAAUUCUCAUUCGCUGAUUGGAUCUAAGGUGUUGUCACGUGAUAGAAAUCAGGAGACUUACUUGAUCGUGAAUUCUUUUAUGAAUUAUGAGCGUGAACUAAUAGGAAAGUGGAAUAUAAUUUAUAGAGAAAGUACUUUGGUGCAUCUGGAGCAUUAUUAUAAGCACCAGCUCGUUUUCAGAUGGAAAGAGAAUAAAUUGUUAGUACUCAAACACGUGAUCAUGAUGAAAUUCGUAUUACGAAGUUACAUACUCGAUAUUAUUGUUGAAUUGUUUCUCUUGUCUCAUUUACGAUUCAGAAAAAGAAUCGUUUUGUAA